AUGAAGCCAUCAACAAACACCGCUGGUGUUGUUGAUCCGGAGGCUGGUAGAACAGCACCAGAAGUGUACACAGAACAAGAAUCUUCAUUAACAACAACGACCGGCUUCUCCUGCGUAUAUUUCGGGUAUGGUUCAAAUCUGUCGCCGCGAACCAUGAAACAACGCUGUCCGGACUCACUCUUCAUCGGUCUUGCGGAGCUCAAAGACUGGAAAUGUAUCAUCAACGAGACUGGGUACGCCAACAUCAUUCCAUCGCCAGGAGACGUUGUGUACGGCAGUCUCUGCUUCCUCAGCAAACGUGACGAGAUGGCUCUGGACGAAAGCGAAGACGUGCCUUGGCUCUACGAGAAGCAAAGCUUGCCCGUCAAGCGCAUCCUCAGUGACGCAGAGAAGUUUUCUGACUGGGCUGAGGAAGGCGGUGUGGAAGUUCAGGCCAUGACUUAUGUUGAUGUCCAGCGCAAAGUCGCGGGCAACAUCGAACGCGAGUAUGUGGUUUGGAUCAAGAAGGCCGCGGAGGACGGGAUGAAGUGUGGCAUGCCGUCUUCGUACGUGGAAAAGUACAUCAUGCCAUUCCUGCCAGAGACGAUAAAGACUUGGAGGAUAUAG